AUGUCUGGACGUGGAAAGGGAGGCAAGGGAUUGGGAAAGGGGGGAGCGAAGCGUCACCGAAAGGUGCUUCGCGACAACAUCCAGGGCAUAACAAAGCCGGCGAUUCGCCGUUUGGCUCGCAGAGGAGGCGUGAAGCGUAUCAGUGGGCUGAUCUAUGAGGAGACUCGUGGUGUGCUCAAGAUCUUCCUCGAGAAUGUGAUUCGUGAUGCUGUGACCUACACUGAGCACGCUCGCCGCAAGACCGUGACGGCCAUGGAUGUGGUCUAUGCAUUGAAGAGGCAGGGUAGGACUCUGUACGGGUUUGGUGGUUAG